AGCGAGUUCGGGAGAGGAAGUGGCGUUGGCAGCCACCUCGGCAUCCUCCGGGGUGAAACGUCCGUCUCCGCCUCUGCGAGUCCGGCCCUGGAGGGGCUCCCUCCGCGCGUCGCACGGGCUGCUCCCAGCAGGCGGGCUGCGCAUGGAGCCGAGCAGUCGGAGGGCAGGAGGCGGCCGGAGCUGAGCUGAGGCAAUCUAAGAAUGGCAGCUGUUGUCAGAAAAGAACAAACCAACCAAGAUGUAGAUACCUGUGAUAUCCCUUCCUACGUGUCUGAAUUUAUAGAAAAAGAAGUUGGAAAUGAUCUUAAAUCUUUAAAGAAACUUGGAAAACUCAUAGAACAGCUGACAGAUAAUAAAGCACAAUUAGAAGAACAGGUACUUACAAUUUCAUCAGAAGUCCCUAAAAGAAUUCAGAAUGCCUUAAAAAAUGCUGAAGAUUCAAAGAAAUUUCUUAGUCAGCUUCUAGAAAAAGAAACUCUUCUCUUUAGUUCAAUCAACAGUCAUUUGUUGACAGCACAGCCAUGGAUGGAUGAGCUUGGAGUAUCUAUUAGCCAAAUAGAAGAGAUUGAGCGGCAUCUUGCCUAUCUAAAGUGGAUUUCACAAAUAGAGGAGCUAAGUGAUAAUAUUCAACAAUAUCUAAUGACCAAUAAUGUACCAGAGGCAGCUACUACUUUAGUAUCCAUGGCACAACUGGAUAUUAAGCUCCAGGAAUCAUCGUGUUCUCAUCUCCUUAGUUUUGUUAGGUCCACUGUUAAAUUCUGGCAUAAAAUCCUCAAGGACAAGCUAACAUGUGACUUUGAAGAGAUAUUAACACAGCUUCAUUGGCCAUUCAUUGGGCCUCCUCAGCCUCAGAAUGUUGGCUUAAGUAAGAUAGCUGGCACCCCAGAGGUGUAUAGUAACUUGGAGACACUGUUCUGUCAACUUUUGAAACUUCAAACCUCAGAUGAAUUACUGACUGAACCAAAACAACUUCCAGAAAAAUAUUCUCUUCCAGCUUCACCCCUGGUCAUCCUUCCCAUUCAGAUUAUGCUGACUCCCCUCCAGAAGAGGUUCAGGUAUCACUUCAGUGGGAAUCGACAAACUAAUGUUAUAAGCAAGCCUGAGUGGUACCUGACUCAGGUACUUAUGUGGAUUGGAAACCAUGCUAGGUUUCUAGAUGAGAAAAUUCAACCAAUAUUAGAUAAAGUAGGCUCUUCUGUAAAUGCAAGGCUAGAAUUUUCUCGUGCUCUUAUGAUGCUGGUUCUUGAGAAAUUAGCUGCUGACAUUCCUUGUCUUUUGUAUGAUGACAAUCUCUUCUGUCACUUGGUGGACGAAGUACUUCUGUUUGAAAGAGAGCUACAAAGUGUUCAUGGAUAUCCCAGCACCUUUCCUAGUUGUAUGCAUAUUCUCUCAGAGGAGACCUGCUUUCAAAGAUGGUUAACCAUGGAAAGAAAAUUUGCUCUUCAGAAGAUGGACUCGAUGCUUUCAUCAGAAGCUGCCUGGGUCUCACAGUAUAAGGAUAUCAUUGAUGUUGAUGAAAUGAAAGUUCCAGAUUGUGCAGAGACUUUUAUGACCCUGCUGCUGAUUAUAACAGACAGGUAUAAGAAUCUUCCUACGGCUUCUAGAAAACUUCAAUUUCUGGAGUUACAGAAGGAUUUAGUUGAUGAUUUCAGGAUACGAUUAACUCAGGUUAUGAAAGAAGAGACCAGAGCCUCCCUUGCCUUUCGAUACUGUGCAAUUCUUAAUGCUGUCAACUACAUUGCAACAGUACUAGCAGACUGGGCAGACAAUGUUUUCUUCCUGCAACUUCAGCAGGCUGCUUUGGAAGUUCUUGCAGAGAGUAAGGCUCUCAGUAAAUUGCAGCUAGGGCAACUAGCCUCUAUGGAGAGCUCAGUCUUUGAUGAUAUGAUUAACCUUCUGGAGCGCUUGAAACUUGACAUGUUGACUCGUCAGGUAGACCAUGUCUUCAGAGAUAUCAAAGAGGCAGCAAAAUUGUACACAAAAGAAAGGUGGUUGUCUUUGCCCUCUCAGUCAGAGCAAGCAGUAAUGUGCCUGUCAAGUUCAGCUUGUCCAUUGUUGCUUUCCUUAAGAGAUCACCUACUUCAACUGGAACAACAGCUUUGUUACUCCUUAUUUAAAAUUUUCUGGCAAAUGCUUGUAGAAAAGCUGGAUGUAUACAUCUAUCAAGAAAUAAUUCUUGCAAAUUACUUCAAUGAAGGAGGAGCAGCUCAGCUUCAGUUUGACAUGACUCGGAAUCUUUUCCCUUUGUUUUCCCACUAUUGCAAGAGACCAGAAAACUAUUUCAAGCAUAUCAAAGAAGCCUGUAUUGUCUUGAAUUUAAAUGUUGGAUCUGCCCUACUUUUGAAGGAUGUGCUACAGUCAGCUACAGAAGAACCCACUGCCACAGCAGCAUUAAAUGAACUUGGGAUUUAUAAACUAGCUCCGCAAGAUGUUGAGAUUCUUCUUAAUUUAAGAACGAACUGGCCCAACACAGGAAAAUAAUGCAAGUCCUUUUUCAAAAGGCUUUUGAUUCUGAUUUUUUAAAAAGCUGAAUAAACAAGUCAAACUUGAUUUAAAAU